AUGCCUACUGCAGCGGGUAAACUUCCACAGAAUGCUACGUCCCCUGGAACCAGUAGUGUCCAGCCUCUGUAUAACCAUCGUAUUGUGCUGACUACCUAUCCAGGCCAGGUGGGAAUCAAUCCCAUUUCCUUGCAAUGGGGUGCUACCGAACCCCUUGUUCGUGGCCCGAUUGUUGCUUCCAGACACCAUGGCUCUUUAACCAUGCGUAAUGCUAUUGGCGCUCAUGGUGGAGCUUAUUCCAUCUAUAGAGCACUUGCUGUAGCUAUUGGAGAUCUGGAACCCAACUACAAGCCUAAUCUUGUCCACACUGAACCUGUCGUUAAUAUUGGCCCAUUUCCCUCUUGGUCUGAUCCUCAUCGUAUUGUCUCCAUGGAUCCUUGGGGUCAUGCUGUCCAGGAAGUUUUUAAAGCUCAGAUUGAAAAGGGCAUCGACGUGCGUCCAACAAUUGCCAUCACAAAGGCUCAUAUGCAGCUUGCAGAGAUUGAAUCGCUUGUCAAGAGUGGUAGUCUCAAGGUGGAUGGUAAGGUGGUGUUGGAUGAUCGUGGUCAAUUGAUGGUUGUCAAGGCUGCUGUUGAGCCAGUGUGGUUUUUACCUGGCAUUGCCGAGAGAUUCAAAUGCGAUGAAACGACCUUGCGUCGUUGUUUAUUUGAGGACACUGGCGGUAUGUACCCAGAGCUCAUUACUCGCCCAGAUCUCAAAGUAUUUCUGCCUCCUAUUGGCGGUCUUUCCAUCUAUAUAUUUGGUAACCCACAAUUUAUCAGCGAUCCAACCAAACAUCUCACUUUGCGUGUUCACGAUGAGUGCAAUGGAAGCGACGUCUUUGGAAGUGAUAUUUGCACUUGUCGUCCUUAUCUCAUAUACGGCAUUGAAGAAGCCAUUCGUGCUGCCCAAACUGACAAUGGUGUUGGUGUAAUCGUAUAUUUCCGCAAGGAAGGCAGAGCAUUGGGUGAAGUCACAAAAUAUCUCGUGUAUAAUGCUCGUAAGCGUGCCGAGGGAGGUGAUACGGCUGCCAACUAUUUCCAGAGAACUGAAGAUGUUGCCGGAGUGAAAGACAUGCGAUUCCAAGCUACUAUGCCUGAUGUGCUACAUUGGCUUGGUAUCCAAAAAAUUGAUCGCAUGAUCAGUAUGAGCAACAUGAAAUACGAUGCAAUUGUUGGAUCUGGAAUUCCCAUUGUUGAGCGGGUUGAAAUUCCUGCAUCUAUGCUUCCUCCUGAUUCUCAGGUUGAAAUUGAUGCCAAGAUCGCUUCUGGUUACUUUAGUUCUUCCAAAACUACCGCUGCUUUGAAUCUUUCACACAUCAAAGGCCGUACUUGGGACGACAUUAGUCAUUAG